GCCACAUCUCUCCUUCCACUUUGUUCGCCAACAUGCUGCAGGACUGCUCGCAUUGUUGGCCAGACUGAUUGGGGUUUCAGCACAAUCUCCCGUGACCAAUGAGCGGGGUGCUGUCAGGGGUAACCACAUCUGUCAGGCGUUCUCGGCCAAUAAAGAGCGGAGCGAGGCGGACCACAGGUGCGCGCCUCUGCGUCCCCUUGGCACAGCGCCCGGGAGAUGCUGGAGAGAGACGCCUAUAGCUGCCCCGUGGCGCAAAGAGAGUUCCUGUCAGAGGCAGCCUCCCUCUUUAACUCCGGCUACCACUCUGGCUCCGAGAGAGUUUAUGGCGACCGCAGCGUCAAACCACUACAGCGUCCUCAGCACCCCCAGCAGCGCGCCGCCGCCGCCGCCGCACUCGGAGUCCGGGAGCAUGCAGCAGGCGGCAGCGUACAGGGACGCGCACACCCUGCUCCAGAACGACUACGGCACGCUACCGGGCGGUGGGCAUCCGCUCAGCCACGCGCACCAGUGGAUAACGGCGCUCUCUCACGGUGACAGCGGGACGCCGUGGCCGUCCAGUCCCCUCCGAGAACAGGACGUGAAGCCCAUACUGCAUGACAGUGACCGAGAGGAGCUGCAGAACUCCAGCAGCCUGCAGCAGCAGCAACAGCAGCAGCAACAGCGACACCCUCACCUAGCGCACCAGCAGGCGCAUCACGACGCCAGAGCAUGGCGAACCAGCACGGCCACGACGCACAUCACCGGCAUGGCGACAUCUGAGGGACAGAGCCUGGUGUACACCCAGUCCGGCUUCGCUCUGAUGCCAGGGGGAGAGCAGGGGGGGAUGCACCACCACCCUCUGCGGGACGAAGACCACCACAGCCACAGCCCGCACCUCAGUGAGCACGGGGGCGGCCCCGGGGCCCACCACCACCAGCACCAGCAGCACGGGGGCCACCAGGACCAGUCGGACGAGGACACGCCGACCUCGGAUGAGCUGGAGCAGUUCGCCAAGCAGUUCAAGCAGCGGCGUAUCAAGCUGGGCUUCACGCAGGCGGACGUGGGGCUGGCCCUGGGGACGCUCUACGGGAACGUGUUCUCUCAGACCACAAUCUGCAGGUUCGAGGCGCUGCAGCUCAGCUUCAAGAACAUGUGCAAACUCAAGCCGCUGCUGAACAAGUGGCUGGAGGAGGCGGACUCCACGUCGGGGAGUCCCACAAGCCUAGAUAAGAUCGCGGCGCAGGGGAGGAAAAGGAAAAAGCGGACCUCCAUCGAGGUGGGCGUCAAGGGCGCUCUGGAGAGCCAUUUUCUGAAAUGCCCCAAGCCGGGAGCGGCGGAGAUCAACUCCCUGGCGGACAGCCUGCAGCUGGAGAAGGAGGUGGUGAGGGUCUGGUUCUGUAACCGGCGGCAGAAGGAGAAGAGGAUGACCCCCGCUGGGGGACAGAUAUCAGGAGGGGAGGACAUGUACGGGGACACCCCUCCUCACCACGGAGGACAGACUCCUGUGCAGUGACCCCUGUCCAGUACUUUCUUCUCUCUUUUUUUUUUUUACUAUCAUUAUUAUUAUUAUUAUUAUUUUUCGGGGGGAAAAUACGAACCUCUGCAGGAGGAAGCUUCUUAUUUGUUAAAAUUCCCAAUGCUGGAACUGGACCUCAGCCAGUUUUAAGUGCUGGACGGACGCAGGGAUGCAGAGUGGCACCCCGGUGCUAAAAAAAAAAAACACUCAGAGCAGAGAUGUGUAGAAUGGCUUCAUGCCAGGCACAUUGAGCUGGGGUGUGCUAACCAAAAUAGGGGAGAAGAGAGGAAGAAAAAAAUAAAAGAUGGGGGGAGAAAGCAGCGACAUUUUCUGCAUCUGUCUUAAAGAAAGGCAGGAGGAGGAAAACUAUAGGAGCAGGCUGCAGUCGGUGUGGGUAAAUAAACGCCAUCUUUCCAUCAUAACAAAAGCGACAGGGAUCCUGCAGCUUGUGGUAAAAGACAGGGCUGAAAUGGCAGACAAAUGCUGUAGCCCACAAUACCAGCCAACCGUUUAUUAUUAUUAUUAUUAUUAUUAUUAUUAUUAUUAUUAUUAUUAUUAUUAUUAUUUCAUUUAUGUUCUUAUUUAUAAUGUCUCGUUAAAAUAAUAUGUCAAUUUAUAAAUGUUGAAAAUGUAGAAAAAAUAUUGUUGAUAUAAUAAUAAUAAUAAUAAUAAUAAUAAUAAUAAUAAUAAUAAUAAUAAUAAUACAUGUAUUGGUUAACUCGUGAUUUCCUUUCUGUGCGUCCGUUUACACUGUGUUUUUGCUGUUGGUUAUUUCUGUACGUUUCCCCAAAACGCUGUGACGAAACAGACCGAGACUGUCCGACUGGAGCCUUCAGAGGGAUCCAGUUUACUUUGGCCUUGCUUCCUUUAAGUAAAAAGAACGGGGGACCUAUUUAAAGUGACCCUGAUCCCGUCAGAUGAGAAGACUGUGGUUUUUUUUAAAUUAUUAUUAUUAAAAAAAAAAACAUAUGUAUGGCUUUACUUUGUUUGUUAACUGUGUUUUUGUUUUGGGUUUGUUUUCCAUGUCAAACUGUGCCAAAGCACAAACACAGACACGUGUUCUUGUGCCACCUUAAUCCUGUGAUUAUGAUCUGAUAUGUAAGUCGUUUCUGUGGGGAAAUCCUGCAGAAGUCGGAGAUCAAAUCUCUGACAUAUUUUGAUUCAAAUCUUGAACAUCAGAGACUCAAAUACAAUGAAGGAACGAUGACGGCUGCAGAGAAAUUAUUAUUUGGUUAUCAUAAAUAAUUGUAAUGUCAAUUUCUAAGUCAUUUUUUCUCUUGUCAGUCAAAGG